AUGGGCGCUGCAUAUGCCUUUAUAUACGAUGAGAGAUAUAUGGAUCGACUAUAUAAUCUACCCCCUUGUCUGCGCUCUUGUAGAAAAAAAAUCUCUGUCCCCAGAAAACCAGACGCUCGCUACAUACUUUCUUCACAUACCUUUUGGCCAAAAGAGACAAAAGGAGUUCACAAUCCAGACAAGAUGAAGGCAUCUUUGAUCACUGCAUUCGUUCUCCCUCUCCUCGCCCUUGCGAGCCCCUAUCUCCCAACAGACCCCCCGGCCAACAUUGAAGUCACUGCACGACACCCAGGCCGAGAGAAUGUCGACAAACUGCCCAUGCAGGCUGCCGGCCGGGCCUUCUGGCUAGGUGGCUCUCCAGCAACUUACUGCCCAGAAAUCGUCGGUGACAACUGCCCACCAGGAAACGCUACCGUCAUCCUUGGAUUGAACAGCAUGAGCGUGCUUGUCCCCGGUGGCCAGCAGAUGUACGUCGAGCCCAGCGGAAAGCUCGGCUUCACCCAGGCACACUCCGCAGCCAUUCCACCAGGAUCAUACGUCGGCGGCUUUGCCUACAAGCCUCUCAACAAGAAAUCCGGCAGCUUCUACUUCGGCGGCUGGGGUGCCACUGCGUUGAUGGCUUGCCCUGUCCCAGACUCGAAGUACUAUCAGGUUUUCGCCAACAUCAAGAACGCCAUGGUCCCUGGGGGAGACGUCAAGAAGUGUGUCGAGUUCGUUGGAGUUGCAAAGGAGUAUAAGGGUACCACUCCCGCUGCCUGGCAGUAUACCUAA